AUGACCAGCGUGUCCAGCCUCACCCUGACCACAGACGUGAAGAACCCGGUGGGGAAACUGCAGGGAGGGUUCGAGUGCAAGUACUGCAGCUUCCAGACUCAGGACCUGAAUGAGUUCACCUCUCACGUGGACUCAGCACACCCCCACGUCAUCCUCAACCCUACCUACAUCUGCAAGCUCUGUAACUUCUCAACUAAGAGGUAUGAAAUGUUCAUGCAACACAACCAGAAGAACCACCCAGACAACACCAAGUUGGCACUGAAGGUCAUCAAACAGAACGGCACCACCUUCCUGGAACAGAACCCGGUAGGAGGGACGGAGGAAAGCACAACAGCCAACGGCGAGAAGAACACUGCUGAAGUUGAAACUGAGGCAGACCAAGACAAAGAUGAGACGCAGGGUGAAGACAGGUCCGGAGCAGUUGGUGCCUUCCGAGCUCCCAUGAUGCAAAAGCUCCUGGACCAGAAGAGCUCGGCCAGUAAAGGCGACGCAGUGAGCAACGACCAGUUCUCGGCCUCCUCGACUCUACAGAAGCUUUGCCAGACAGCGGCUAAUCCCCCCGUCACCUACGCCACCAUCAGUGUAUCCAACACCGACAGUCACAAAAAUGCAGUGCUGAGGCAAUACUUUGACAAGUUUCCUUACUUCACCGACAAAGAGCUGGAUGAGAUUAUAGACAAGACUGGUAUGACCAAUAACGAAGUAAGAACAUGGUUCAAUGCGCAGAGACAAAAACUCUCAGUCAGCUGGACUGCAGAGGAGAUAGAGCAAUACCGGGUGUCUGGGGUCCCUGCCACGUGGGCUCAACAAAAGAAGGAGCCAGAAAAGACCAUGAAGGUGGUAAAAACACUCUUUCCUUCCACCAGAGUUAGCCCGGCCGCCAAGGAACGUACGAAGACCCCAGCAAAGGCCUCUCGUCCCAAACCCUCACCAGCGGGGGAAGGAAGGAACUGGAAGAAGACGCCGGAGCAGUUGCAACUUCUUAAGAGAGCAUUUGGUAAGACUCAGUUCCCGACACCUCUAGAGGUGGAUAAGCUUGUGCGAGCGUCAGGGCUGACGGCAGGCGUGGUGAAGAAGUGGUUCAGUGACACACGCUACCACGUCAAGCACAGCAAGGGAACCAAAGGACUCUGUGUGUACAGGGAGGAUCUCAAUGAGACAUUAGACAGUAUUAUCGAGUCGUCAUCGGUGAAGUCACCCCACAAAAACCCCCGAGGCAGACCGCCGAAUUCACCCAAGGCCCGAGGUAGACCGCCUCUGUCUCAGUCAGCUAGAGGCAGGCCACGAUCCCCAAGGUCUCCAAGAGCACAACUGAACUUCAACACUCCAGACAGCAGCACGCCAAAGGUGAAAAUAGAAAGGAGCUCUAUGGACAUGGAAUGGCUGGAGAGGAAGGGAAAGUCGGAGUACCAGUUAGACCUCCUGAAAAUCCAUUUCCAGCAGAAUCCUUACCCGUCAGAGUUUGACAUCGACAAACUUCGGGAGGAGACCAAGAUGACGGCAAGAGAGAUCGGCAGGUGGUUUAAUGACUGUAGGAGGGAGAAGGGGCUCCCACAAGAUGAGAAGUACUACGUACCGCCACAGGAGGCUGUUACACAAGGGACAGAGGAGGAGGCUGAUGAUGCCAUCACACCCAAAGACGAACCCUUGUCUCCAGGGCAGCCUGAUUUAGUGGACUAUUUCAACGGCGACGUUGUUGAGGAAGACUCAGGUUCCGACAACGACAAAAGCAGGUCAAACGACGUGAACGAAAACAGCGUUCAGCGUGAUAACGGGAACAAGGGUAGGGUUGCCUCGUCGCGGAAAGUUGCCGACUUGCCAAAAGAGAACGCCUCAGAUGUCAAGAGCAAAGACAAAUCAGAUUCUAUCAUAGAGGAGAAGGAAAUAGAACAAGAGCCUGGUGGUGGGAAGGAAGAGCCUAAAACCAAAGAUGGUCCAUCAGAUGAUGAAGAUGAUGAUGAUGAUGAUGAUGAUGGAGUUAAAGAUACAGAAAUGGAGGAUGAGGAAAGCGGACUGUAUAUGGAUGUACAGGAUGAACCUGUUGUGGGGAUGGAAGACCAGGAUGAUGCAGAAGAAGAUGAGGAAAGAUGGGACCAUGAGGAAGAGGAGCACCAACGGGGGACAGAAACGCACAAAACCAACAGCGAGGAGCAGACUAAGAAAAAGAGCGGGGACGUCAAAACGACCAUGAAGGUGUUUUAUGACAGGACGGGGAGAGUGAAACGAAGGUUUAAAACAGAGUACCAGCUGAGGCUGUUGAAGGAAAGUUUUCAGAGGUGCCCACACCCGGACGACCUGGAGAUAGAGCGCUUGAUGAGACUUACGAGGCUCAGCAAGCAAGACAUCCGGAACUACUUCUCAGACAAACGGUACGACGUCUUCAAACGAAAUCCGCACAAGAUGCACCAGCUUUCUCACCAGCCUCACGAGCCGCCCAGCACGCUGGAAGACUAUCUAGACGAAGACGACUCCCUCCCGACCAUGGUUCCCCCCGGCACCAACAUGGUUCUCUCCCCGGCCGACAUCCUCACCCGGAAACGGAAGCGCGACGACGUGGAAGACUUCGAAGAGGAUGGCAAAAUCGAUGGGAAAAAGACCGCCUUCCAGUUAGACGUCGUGAAGGCUAGCUUCUCUCUCAACCAGAGGCCGGGAGACACAGAGGUCGCGAGAAUAAACAAGCUGACGAAAUUGUCGAGGAAAGAAAUCCUGUGCUGGUUCGGCGACACGCGGUACGCCUUCAAGCAUGGCAAGGUGAAGUGGAUCGAGAAGUACAGAAAGAUGACGGAAGAUCCUCACUACAAGAAAUACUUAGGAAUGGACCAGGACGACACCAGUGCGCCCACAUCGGGAGCAACAUCUCCCGUCACUGCGACUUCUACGCCCCGUUCUGUACCAACCUCCCCAGUACGUCAUUCAGCACACGCAUUGAGUGACUCUACACCAACUCAGAGUCACCAGACAGAGAGCCCUACACAGCAGGAGUCCCCGGAGCAGCAAAGAAGCCCAGUUUCAGGGAAGGAGUCCAUCAUAGGUCUGCAGAGUAUCGUCUCGUCCAUGAACCCUCAGAAACCCCUGACUAACGUGGAGAAGCUGAAGAUGCUAACCGAACAGUACGAGAGAUGCCCCUUCAUCCUGUAUCACGAUGCUGAGGAGCUGGCCGCAAAGACUGACCUGAGAGUGGAACAAGUGCUGUCUUGGUUUGAGAGAAAGCGAGAGGAAGAGAAGAAGGACACUAACGAGGAGGAUGGGCAUGAGUCUGAGGAGGAAGCUGCCUCCUCCAUGGUGCACAGAUCCCCCAACAUGGCCCAGAGACCCCUCCUGGACCCCGACAUGCAGAUUCAGAUCAUCAAGCCUCCCAUGUCUCAGCAGCAGAGACCGCCGGCCGUCACGCACAUCAUGAACCAGCAGCGCCCCAUCGCGCCGCGCCCCAUCCUGCACCCCAGUCUGCGCCCGGUGGUGUCGCCUCCGAUGCCCCGUCAGCACGCACCGCAGCAGCUCAGGAUGCAGGUUCCCGGCAAUGUGCAAGGACAAAACUUCGUGAUGGUCAGCCAGGUCCCCCAGCAACACCACAUGGUACAACCCGGCAUGUUAGGUCCAGGUGGUCGGCCUCAAAUCAUCUACACGAUCGUGCCUAACCAGCCGGCACCGAGCACCCCCUCCCAACCUCAGGCCAUCCGUGUCCAGUCGGCGAUGAGCCUGGCUACCGGCCAGCAGGUCAUGAUGCAGAGUUCCCCUCCCCUCCAGCACCAAGGUGUUCCCUCCCAGCCCCAACCUACCAUGGUGGUGUCCUCUCCCCCACCACCUAACGUCCAUCAACAACAACAACACAACAACGACAGGCCCAACGACCUGGUGCGAAGCAUCCUGGCCAGCUGUAAGAUUGACAUUUCCAACUGGGAGACCGUGGUGUACCAGUGCCCGCGGUGCAAGGCCGUGUUCCCGCGGUGGGCCCCGCUGGAGAACCACGAGAAGGUCUGCAACACGCCGCGGGAGGACGGCACGAAGCCCAAACCGUGCAUCUACCUCACCAUGGCGCUGGUGGAGUCCUACUUCAUGAAGGAAGACGUGAUGACGGAGGACAGCUCGCCGCUCUUCAAGUGUUCUCUGUGUAACCAGCCGUACAUCGAGGAGAAAAGUCUGCCCCUACACUUGGAGGAACACACCAAACAAGAUGUCUGUAUGAAGUACAUGUACCAGCUUGAAUGACACAAGGCUUCUCACUCUAUGGGCACCAGAAAUACAUGACCACAUGUUCAACAAGAAAUCAGAGAUUUCAGGCUUCCGGGAAGUGUUUUGGGUUUCCAUGAAUGUGUUAAAACUGGAGGAGAUGGUUUAAUGUAA